AUGAGCUCUCAUUUGCAAAUACCAGAAACAUCACUGUGGCAGAAUAGAAAGUGUCUGUUCAUAUGCACGAUUGUCUCUAUCGCCAAUCUACAAUAUGGUCUCGACUCUGCAGCGGUUGGAGGACUGCAGGCCAUGCCUGGUUUCCUCAAAGUCUUUGGCUAUCCCAAUCCCAAUGCCCCCGGAGGAUAUUCGAUUGGAUCCACAUUCCAGCAACUCAUCGCCUCUCUCUUGACCCUCGGAUCGUUCAUCUCUGCUCUGACCGCUGGUACCUUCUCCCACUUUUUCGGCCGUAAGAUAGCCCUCUGGAUUGCUUGCGUUCUCAAUGCUGUCGCCUGCAUCCUCCAAAUAACAUCGACUUCAACUGCAGCCAUAUACAUGGGGCGCUUGAUACUCGGCUUCGCGAACGGCUUCCUUGUUACAUUCUCGAACAUCUACACUUCUGAAGCCAGCCCAGCUCACUUGCGCGGUGUGAUCGUAGCAUUGUUUGCAUAUUGGGUCAACAUCGGUAGCAUCAUUGGCGCAGCCGUGACGAACGCGACGAAGGGCAUGAUGGAUAAAACUAGCUACCAGAUCCCAAUCGGAACAUUGUUCGUAGUCCCAAUGAUCUUGGCGAUUGGACUGCUGUUCGUGCCGGAAAGCCCGCGAUACCUGCUUGCCAAAGGACGAGAGGCUGAGGCAAAGAAGUCCCUUAUUACUCUGCGGGGGAAUUCAGUUGCGCCAGAGUAUAUCGAGCUCGAGUGGGCUGAGAUGUGCAAGGGAAUCGAGGAGGAGAAGAAACUUGCUACCACUGUCGGUGCGCUCGACAUGUUCAAAGGGACUGAUCUCCGUCGCACCCUACUCUGCUUUGGUAUGAUAGCUUGCCAGACUGGCUCGGGCGUCUGGUUUGUCAUUUCAUACGGCACGUAUUUCCUCAUUGUUUCCGGUCUCUCCGUCUCCGAUGCCUUCAAAUAUAGCAUCAUGGCAACCUGUCUCGGCUUCCUCGGCGUGAACAUGGGAAUGUAUCUUAUGAAGCGUCAUCUAGGUCGUCGUUCGAUACUCAUCUUGGGAGGGUGCAUCUGUGGAUUCUCUCAACUCGCUCUGGCAAUCGCGGCAACGGUUGCGCCUGGAACUAAGGCCAUGCAGAACUGUUUGAUCGGGUUCACCGCGCUGUUCAAAUGGGGAUACAAUAUGUGUGUUGGAGCAGCGAGCUAUCCGGUUGCUACUGAGCUCGUCAGCACACGACUGAGGGCGUGGACUGUGGGAAGUGCCACCAGUCUGGGGUACUUCCUAGCAUGGCUGAAUGCAUUCUGCACACCGUAUUUCAUUAAUCCAGCGAACUUAGGUUGGGGAGCCAAGUAUGGCUAUAUUUGGGCCGGUUCAAACUUUUUGUGUGUCGCAUUCUUUUUCCUAUGUAUGCCUGAAUGCAAAGGCCGUACACUGGAGGAGAUUGAUGAACUUUUCGCCAAUAAGGUAUCCGCCUUUGGGUUCAAAUCUUACCAAACGACAAUCGGCCAAGAGGCUGCACGCGAGGUUGAAGAAAAGAUCCUCGAACAGAAAGGGGCAGUAACAGAGACACGGGAAAGACUGAGUAGUGGAAGCCACAGGGCAUAA